AUGACAUUUAGUGAAGUUUACACAGACAGAGUAGUAAUUUCAAAAAAGUUAACAUACCGGGGUGUUCUUACUGUUGAAGACCCCGUUAAUUAUGCCGUCAAAUUAGCCAAAGAAGUGAAUUGCUCAAUUCCGGAGGACGUUGGAAGAGAUCACGAGAUUAUCGUAGAUUGUCUCAGAGAAAUUUCCCUAACGGAACUUCUCCAAGCUGACGUUGUGGCCCCCUCGUACCUUAGUGCGUUCGGUCCAAGUGUCGACGGAGUGGUCAUCAAAGCAGACUUUGCCAAAGAACUAGUAACCUAUUUUAAGCCUCAAGACUUACAGUAUUUCGUGGGACCUGUAAACGUUAAUAUGAAGAGAAGCGAAGCCACAAUUACCCCUCGUGGAAACAACCCCUAUGAUCUAUUAUAUGGGGUGGUUACCAGCGAAGCCCUUUGGAUGUUCUCUAACAACGAUGUGACCGCAGGUUUCGAAGGUGAAAGGAGAGAUAGAAUUUUAAGAACUUACGUACGAAAUGCAUACACUUAUCACUUAAGUGAAAUAUUUUUUACCAUAGUUAAUGAAUAUACCGAAUGGGAGAGGACGGUGCAGCAUCCUGUAAAUACUAGAGAUUCUGUUAUAGCUGCUCUUAGUGAUGCUCAGUUCGUGGCUCCAUUAGUGCAAACUGGAGAUUUACUUAGUGUUAAACCACCUCAAGUAGGACAAGAAUCAAAUAGUCCUAAGACGUUCUUUUAUGUAUUCGAUUAUCAAACGAAAGACGGAGACUAUCCUCAGAGAAUGGGAACUGUUCAUGGAGAAGAGUUGCCGUAUAUUUUUGGAGCACCCCUUGUAGAUGGUUUUAAUCACUUUGCUAAAAACUAUACUAAGUCUGAAUUAGCCUUGUCUGAAUCAUUUCUCAUCUACAUAGCAAAUUUCGUGAGAACUGGAAACCCAAAUGAAAAUCAUAAACAAGAUCCAGUAUUAGCCAUUUCCAGGGAAAGGAACAGAUUUCGUUCGAUCUUGUGGGAUGAGUAUGAUUCAGUCCAUCAAAAGUAUCUAGAAUUAGGAAUGAAACCCAGAAUGAAGAAUCAUUUCCGAGCACAUCAGCUCAGUGUUUGGUUGCGCCUGAUUCCUGAACUUCACAGGGCUGGUAUGGAAGAUGUAGUUGCUAGACAUAACUUAUUUAGAAACCAUAACAGUGCUGAACUUUACGAAGGAGCAGUUAGACCUGAUCCACUUUCUAGAAUAAGCUAUUACGAUCCUACAAUGGAAUUGAUUAGACGAAGACCAAAUUCUAGUCUUACAACAUUAGAAGCUUCCACUACAAUAGAAACUAUGGUAACAACUUGUGUUAAUAUUGUUUCUUCUGGAAAUUACAAUCAUCACAAUUUUCAAAAUCAUAAUAACUCGACUGACACACUCGCCAGUUUAGAAGCAGCAGGUUAUGCUGCUUACAGCACGGCUUUAAGUGUAACUAUUGCUAUUGGUUGCUCAUUAUUAAUUUUAAAUGUUCUCAUAUUCGCUGGAGUAUACUAUCAACGCGAUAAAACUAGAAUGGAAGUAAAGAAUUUACAGCAACAGCAAAGCAGAAAUCAAGCUGCUUUUGAGACAAUCUCCAAACACCAGCAUCAUUUAGGCUACUCUCAAAAUACGAAUGUAAUAGUAGAUGUAGAGCAAGAUACUUCAGCGUUAAUUCUGACUAACGCACAGCAAGAUCAGAUCAACAAAAUGCAUCAAAGAUGCGCUCCUAACGCUAAUACUAUUCUAAAAGCGCCUCCACCAAGUCCUAACAUAAUGCUACAGAAUUGUAUGACGCUUCCUAAGAAUACCUCACUAUACAAUUAUCAACAUCAGGGUUGUGUCACACUGCCAAAAAACCUAACGUUAAUAAAUAACACACCUUGCACAAUGGCGGAAAUGCAACAACAGGGCUUGGUGCAACCACCGAAUGGCAAUGCUACUAUGCCACUAGGCGUUCCUAAACCGCCUCCUCCACCCAGAGCUAGGAGUCCAGAAAGUCAGCCACUUUUAACUCAUAACAAUGCUGAUAAAUGUAAUAUGAGAGUUCCACAUGCUGCCAUGAGUGAAAUGAGAGUGUGA